UUACUCGCACUGCAGAGACGGUUAUGGAAUAAAAAAAUAUCGUCGUCGUAGUCGUCGUUGAAUGUUCAGCAAGCUAAACAAGUUGCGUCAAAGUCAAGAAUCAGUUGAGUAUUAGUUAUAAACGUGACAACUGACAAGUAAUCCCAGGCGAUCAGUGCAUAGAUCCCAGGGAUCAAUUCUUUACGUCGUAUUCCUGUGUUUAUUUGUGAAACUUCAAACUCUCCAAUUACGUGCGUGAAAAUAAAAAAACAAUGUUUGUGAUCAUGGAUUAUUGUUUCCUAUAGUACACUGUGAAUUUGGUGAUAGUAGAGAUCAUAGAAGAUCUUCAGCAAAGUAGAAAAAUCAAAUACUAAGAGAGAAAAAAGGAAAAAAGGAAGGAACACGAUAGUUUUCUUACCGUGCCAAAUAAUUCAUUACCCAAUUAUUAGGGCUUGCAAAAAAUUGAGGAUAAAUAUAUUCUGACAUUCAUACAUACCUAGAUAUACCUAUAUACGUAUAUACAUAUACAUAUGUAUAAAGGUCUUGGCAUUACCGUGUGGUAUAAAUUUAACGCUUUCAGAAGCCUGCAGUUCAGAUAACCUUGUUACUUCAAAACUAUACUUAACGCACCUACGAUAUACACCAUUAAGCGUCAUUGCAUAUAGGUAUAAAAUACAGGGAGCGUCAUUGAUUCUUCAGAGUUACACUAAAAAAAGCCCAAAUUUUCAACGGGCUGUCAAGAGACGAGAGUCGAAAGAAAAUAACAUAAACAAAACCUUGAACGGCGUCGUCAAAAACUUAUCUAACAUUAUUUCCAAUCAUAUUGUAAUGUACCGAACGCACAAUAAUACAGAGAAUAAUAUCAUUGCAUCAAAAAUUAAUUUCGUUCACUCGAAGAGGAAAGGAAUCUUCAUACACCCGAAAAAAAUGUUCAAAAACACCUCGUCGACGAUACAGAUUCACCACCUCCAAAGUCCUAUAAGUCUCUUAAAUCAACAAAAUUUUUAAGUAUCUAUUCUUACUUCAUUCUUUGAUCACAUAUAGUAUUAUUGAUUACGCAUUUUUCUUCAAUGAACAUACAAUAACAUAAUAACAAAAAAAAAAAAUUAAAAAAUUAAAAAAAAAUUAAAAAAAAAAUACGGAAACAAAAAAAGCGCAAAACAAAUAAACAUAAAAAAAAUACAGGUAGUAGGACACCUCGAGAUUGUGGUAAAUAAUCAACAGGAUGAAAGACGCACGUUGAUUAUAAAUACACAACAUAAUAUUUGGUCCAUUUAAAUUUUUUGAAAUUAAAUAAUAUCAUUCUGACCAAAGCUGAGAUCUAAGGCAGGAUGAAGUUAUUGGAAAGCACCAGAUUUGAGGCCAUAAACAGUGCCUUGUCAAUCAAGACCGGAGACAGUAAAAUCCUGGGACGAAUUGAAAGCUACUCGUGUAAAAUGGCAGGUAACGAUAAACAGCUUUACAAAAGAUUCAAUGCCGAACAGGGAGUCACUCCUCAUGAUCUUCAGGCUCUUUCACCACCUCAAACAUCCCUGGGAGCGUCACCUGCUCAAAGCUAUUUUAGUCGAAGUAUCUCCGGUGAUGAAGAUGGGCCAUUAUGUGACACCAUAAGCAGAAAAACUUUGUUUUAUCUGAUCGCAACUCUGAACGCAGCGUUUCAUCCAGAUUACGAUUUUUCCGAUGCUAAAAGUCAUGAAUUUAGCAAAGAGCCAAGCCUUCAAUGGGUUAUGAAUGCAGUUGAUAGUAAUCUCAGCGCCACAGCAGGAGAUUAUUAUCGAACCCUUCGUUCUGCACUUUGGACCGCUGUUGAGGAUGAAAUAUCCAUGGCCGAAUGUGACAUUUAUAGCUACAAUCCAGAUCUGGCUUCAGACCCGUUUGGCGAAGACGGAUGUCUUUGGUCGUUCAAUUAUUUUUUUUACAAUAAGAGACUGAAGCGAAUUGUAUUUUUCACCUGCAGAGCAAUAAACCCAAUUUACACUUUAGAUUCUGGUGUCGGCAGUGAUUUUGCAAUGGAUGAAGACGACGAUUGAAUGCAGAUCAACGCCAACACCAACAGUCGCAGUAAAUAUUAUCUUACAUUGAAAUUUAGGUCACAGUACUCAUCACAAUUCAACUGUGGAUUGUUGCCUUUUUUCUAUUUCGACUACUAUUGAUGUUUCUAUUCAAAUUAACGUGUACCAGAGUGUGCAAAACAUACUCAGAUGCAGGUGCAGAUGUGUGUAAGUGUUUAGUACACUUUUUUUUCUUUUCUAAGCGUUGUUUCGUAUAAUCUAGAUAUGUUGAAAAGAUGAAUAAUAGCAACAGAAUAUGUAGAUAGCUAACGAUAAGAACAAUAAGUCACGAUAGGAAAAAGGAGGCAAAAACUAAUCAACAUAAUUAUAUGACUAGGUUAUUGAAAAACCUUUCGAUAAAUGUUAUUUUAGAUUACGUGUUGUCAUGCUGACUUGGGAGUGUGCUUUGUGACAUUUUGCAUUGUUAUUCCUGAUCAUAUGACGAAUUUUCUCCGUUCAUUUGUUUUCCAGCCAAAGAUUUUUCAUUUAUCAAAACAAAAAGUAUACAGUUGCAAUCAAUUCUGCAAUUCUUUGUUCAACGUUUCUCAAAACUCAAUUUCCGUGUGUUCUGUGCGAAAAAUGCAAAUAUUCGAGUAAUAUGUAUUCCUAGUAUACUAUACACAUUUACGUACAACGUACGUAUUGUGAGAGAUAAAAUCUCGAAUUUGUUUGUGUCUAAGAACGAAGUCUUAAAUAUUUCAGCUGUAUUCUGUGCUAUGAAGUAAGGUAAAGAGGUCAUCUCAUACUUUGUGGUUUUGUUAAAAUAUUAAAAUAUUAUCAACCAUUUCUCUUUAAUCUGUGACAGGGCGUGUGCAUUACUCUCACGUAUUCGUCUACACACGCACCUAUGCAAUCGUGAUGAGAGAAAAUGUAAUUCCUGAAAUUUCUCAUGGCGCAUUAGGUUUAAACGCUCAAUAAUUAUCUCAAUGACUAAUAUGAGCUAUUACUUACCUCUUUUACUAUACAAGCAGGUGAAAUAUUUUGCUGCGCUUGAGAAAAAAAAAAGAAUAAUGUUUAUCGUUUUCCAAAAGAAUAAUAAUAUUUUAUUAUUUCUUUUUGUUUCAGCAACAUACUUUCAUACUAUGACACAUUUAACUUCGUUAUUAGCGGUAUCUCAGGUGUUAUUGGUACAGAAUCGGUGAAAAAAAGAGAACAAAUGAAAGAGAAAAACGAUCAUUUAUAACUUCACCACUCUCACAUUGGUGCUGCUAGCAUCACAUCGUUAUUACCAAAAAAUUUCAGUCUUCUUAACAACGGGGUAAUUUCUCUAAUCAGAAUGUGCCUUUUCAAAGAAAAGUGGUAAUUGCAUAUUCGAAUCCAUCGUUAAUUUUCAGAAACGCAUAUGCUCAUUUUUAAGAUUCUCAACAGUUAUAUCAAACCUGACGUACAUACAUAAGUAGAUAUAGGUACUUUUAUUUUAUCGAUUGUCAGGUGUAGACUUACCGUUAUUAGGUAGCAGCUACUACAUUUUAUGACGCAAAGUAACGAAUGAAAUUUAUUUAAGGUUUAUCUAAAUAAUUACCAAUGGUAUAAUCAUCAAGAAUCUUAUACCACUUCACGGAGUGUGAUUCAAGUAAUCUAAAGAACCUCAUUGGUAUUACGAUUCAUAAUGAUGAUGGUCGUGAUAAUUAUAUUGAACAAAGAAACUCUCUAUUCUUUUCAAACCUUUGACCUACAUAUUACGAGACAUGAUUGUAGAAAUGCUAAGUUCGUAUUCAAGUUUUUUAUUUAUUCAUAGUGCACUUACAUACAUAAGUAUAACAUUAUAUAUUAUGUAAUUUUUUUUAAUUCAUGUGGAGGUGUUAAUAUCAAACAUCAAUUCAUUAUGAUCGUAAUUGAGGUCAGUAAUUGGAAUUUUUCUUCUCAAUCCGUACGUAAAAACUGUCUUCUUUAUUCGAGGUGGAUUUUACAUGCAACCUAUGAAAUCAUAAUAGGUAUGUGAAGAAUACAAGAUAGCGCUUAAAUUGCCGCAUAUAAUCCAUAUCUAGGUAUUUUUGGACUUUUUUGACAAUCAACAAUAAAGUUAUGGGAGUAACAUUCAUAUUAUUAGAGUAUCAAACAAUAAAAAUAUCAGUCAACUAAAGACUCUAACAAUUGUUCUUACGGUAAUAAAAAAAAAAAAAAAUAAUAAUGCAACAGAACAUAGAAAAGAAUUAUAUCUACUCUAGAAGAAAUAAUAAACUGUGCUGUGUUUACAAAACAUCGAGAGCAGCAUAAAAUUUGGUGAUGAAUCGAAACACAAAAAUACAACUGCAAAGUUGAAGAUAACUAUCGAUAUCAUUUCAUUGGUUGAGUCACAAAUUUGGUAAAUGUGUGCAUGUGGAUUUAAAUAUUCUGCAUACAUUUACUAAAAUAUUGACCGAUAGAUAGUCAAAAAAGAAGUUUUAUGCUCAGAGCAAUCUCGAGUCUGUUAUUUAGCUCAAUUGCUACGUAUACUUUCAGUUCUCAAAUAAAUGGCGUGUACUACCUAGUUUAAGUUUAAGCUACAAAUUAUUAUGUAGUAUAUUUCUUCUCAAGAGGCAUAGUUUUGGAUACAGAACUAUCCACACAUGAAUAUGAAUAAUACGCAUGUACGAUUAUUACAAUUCUCGUUCAUAAAAUAAGUAAUUACACCUUUUUUUUCCAUUCCAUUUUGUUUGCGUGUGUUACAUUGAUAUAAAGUAGACAUAUCAUAUAGCUAAUAGAAUGUAAAAAAACGAAAGGAAAACACAACUUGAAUAUUGCGCUUUAUGCAUACGAACAGCUUCGUUUGAGCACUUAGAAUUUCAAAUAAAAAGUAUUACCUAGUUUUUCCUCUCGAUUGAAUUUUUAUCUGUUAAAAAAAUAAAAUCAUAUGAUAAGAAUGGUAUUGUGAAGUAUUGUGAAUAUUAAUAAUUACACAUAAUGAUUUAUUUUA